UUUAAAUGAAUCCUGAAUGAAUUCCUUGUUUAUAAUUAAUGACUUUGUGUAAUUCUAUUUCAUUCUUCAAUUUCAAAUAUGUAUAAACGUAUAGGUUAAGAAUCAUGUUUACAUCUAAAUUAAAAACUCCAUGGUGCACGAUUCAAAAAAGAUACGCAUCAAAAGGAAGCACAAUUAUAAAAAAAGAAUAUGGAAAACACGAAAUUUCGAAAAUUCGAAACAUUGGAAUUUUGGCACAUAUUGAUGCUGGAAAAACUACUACCACGGAAAGAAUGCUAUAUUAUUCGGGUCUUAUUAAACAUAUGGGAGAGGUUCAUUAUGGAAACACAGUAACAGAUUAUAUGGAUCAGGAACGUCAACGCGGAAUAACAAUAACCUCCGCAGCAGUGACAUUUGAAUGGAAAAAUUAUUGUAUCAAUUUAAUUGAUACCCCAGGACAUAUUGACUUCACAAUGGAAGUAGAGCAAACUUUAAGAGUAUUAGAUGGAGCAGUAGUUAUAUUAGAUGGAAGUGCAGGUGUCGAGGCUCAAACAUUGACAGUGUGUAGACAAGCUGAUAAAUAUGAUAUACCUAGAAUUAUUUAUAUAAAUAAAAUGGAUAGAACGGAUGCUAAUUUUGAUAUUAGUUUAAAAUCUAUUGAAUCUAAAUUGCACGUAGAAGUUUUGCCUGUACAAUUUCCAAUUAAAGAAAAAGGAAUUUUAGAAGGAAUCGUAGAUAUUAUUUCUUUAGAAAAAAUUAUAUUUGAUAAAAAAGAUAUGGGCAAGAAACUUUCUAGAUUCAAAUUAACUGAAGAUAAAGAUAAAGCUUUAUGGGAAAUGGCAAAUGAAAAGCGUAGAGAUUUAACUGAUAAAUUGUCCAAUAUGGAUGACAAAUUGGCUGAUACAAUUAUAGAACAGGAAUCUUUAGAUGCAAUAACACCACAAAUGCUGACUGAUUCUUUAUACAGAGCAACCAUAGAUAGAAAAGGUGUUCCUGUGCUUUUAGGUAGUUCUUAUAAAAAUAUAGGAGUACAACCUUUAAUGGACAGUAUAUUAUUAUAUUUACCAUCACCCAAUGCAAGUAAACAUUCUAAGUAUUAUCAUUGUUUUAAUAAUAAAUUAUGUGCCAGAGCAUUUAAAGUCGUUCAUGAUAAACAAAAAGGACCGAUCACAUUUUUUAGAAUUUAUAGUGGUAACAUAGAGAAAGGUACGAAAUUAUAUAAUGUUUGUACAGAAAAAAAAGAACAAGUAGGAAAAUUGUAUAUCGCAUACGCUGAUGAAUACGAGGAAAUAAAAAAAAUUUCACAGGGCAAUAUUGCAGCGAUAACAGGAUUAACAAAUACCUCAGCCGGUGAUUUAGUAACAAUAGAAUCAACAGCGGUAGAAGAAGCAGAAAAAAAACUGAAAGCACAAAAAGAUGUUAAACCAGAAGAUGUGGAGAAAAUAUUUGAUUGCAAUUUAAAAACAUUAGAGCCAGUCUUUUUCUGUUCGAUAGAAGCACCAUCGUUAUCUAUGCAAACAGCUUUAGAGAAGGCUCUCCAAGAACUUGAAAGAGAAGAUCCAAGUUUGAGAGUUACUCAAAAUGAAGAGACUGGUCAGAUUGUGCUUGGAGGCAUGGGUGAAUUACAUCUCGAAAUUAUUAAAGAAAGAAUUAAUACGGAAUAUAAAAUCGAUGCUGAUUUAGGCCCGUUGCAAAUUUCUUACAGAGAGACUAUCAAGGAACCUAUUCAAGAUACUUUUUCGAGUGAAUAUAAAAUAGGAAAUAUUAAUACAAAUGUUGCAAUAACCAUGUCAUUAAUACCAAAUUACGAAGGCAAAGAAACUUUUUUAUUAGACAAAUCGAAGGAUUUUAUUAAAAUUAUACCAAAAAAUAUAAUGAAAGCUGUGAAAAAUGGUGUUAAAUCAGUUCUUUCAAACGGACCAAAAUUAUGUUAUCCUAUCUUAAAUAUGGGUAUUAAAUUGCAUAGUUUAGAGUAUGGAUCAGAUAUUACCCCGUCGAUAAUUAAUGCUGCUGUUUCGCAAUGUAUUAGACAGUUAAUGAAGAGUGCUGGCAUUGCUCUUUUAGAACCGAUAAUGCGAUUGGAGGUUGUGGUUCCUGAAGAUUAUUUAAGCGUUAUCCUCAAAGACUUGGCAAAAAGGCGCGCAGAAGUAAAGUACAUCGAUGUCUUUAAACAAAACAAGAUAGUCUACUGUCUUGCCCCAUUGGCCGAACUAUUAGGAUAUUCAACGACGGUGAGGAUAAUUUCGUCAGGACAUGCAACGUUUACGUUGGAAUUCGAUCACUACGAAUUAAUGGAUUCAGCCAAUGAAGCAGAAGCGAUUAAAAGAGCAACUGGUUUUUAUUAAAUAAAAAAAUAAAAACUAAAUCCUUUCAAAAUCGUACGAUAUUAUUCAAAUCAAAUAUUCGUUGUAUUUUAAGAAUUUAAUUGUACAAAGAUAGAUUUAUGAAAAUUAUUUACAAAUUAAUGCAUUAAUGCGUUUAAUAAUUAAAAUCAUGAUUGAAUCAAUCUUUUUCUCAAUCUCUAUCUCUCCAUGCGAGAUCUCCAUGCGAAGUAAUCGUGUAUAAUAUGAUACACAAAAUUAAAAACACAUUAUUAUUCUUGGACAAAAUUACAUACUCGAUUCUUCCUUUAUUCAUUCGAUUUAAUCAAAAUAUAUUGCAGCAUUUAUCAAUGGUGCUUUACAAUUCUUCUUUCUUAUUUACGAUCAUCGAUCGCGGCCGCCGAUUACGUGGCUGAAAUCGAGCAGCUUGUAAAAAUGGUAUCUUUAUCUAAGAAUUUAUACAUAAUAUAUUUAUAUAUAAUAGUAAAAAAAGAAAAGAAAAGAAAAAAAAAGGGGAGAAAAUGUAAGAAAAAGAAGGAAGUCUUAUCGAAGAAAUACCGGCCAGCCUCGCAAGCAGCAGCCGCGCAUAAAUAUAUUAAUAUUGCUUAAAGAUCAUGCAAAAAUGUCAUACAUAGUAAAAUAUAUGUAUGUAUAUAUAUUAUAUGUAUGGAGGGAUUACAUGUAAUAGGGUGAGAGACUUGUAAACACGUCAUUUGCACGUAAAAAUCUUCCACUUCCGUUUGUACGCGUAAUCGGAAGCGGUUUCGACGCGAUUCUCAGUUUCUUGGGAAUGCGGCGAAAACAGGACUCGCUGAAUUCUCGAUAAAAAAAAAAAUAUAUGUGUAAAUAUAUACAUAUAUUUUCCCGUCGAGCCGCUGGUUCAUUACCUUUGAAUUGUGCUGUAUGACGCAUGAUUGAAAAUCAGGCACGAUUCAAAGGUGGCCUUUAUAAACGCGUUCUUAAUCUACGAAAUGGUUCUUGAGCGCUAAAACCGAACGUCUUAAACUUCUAAGCUCGGCUUAUUUUUUUCAACUGACAAUACGGUAAUUAUUAUAAAAAAUUAAUUUUUCGCCAAACGCGGCGAUAUUACAAAAAAAAAAAAAAAAAAAAAGGGAAAGAGAAAACCGUGGAAAUUUUAAUUAACCUCGGUUUUUUUUUUUUACAUAAUUCUAAUUCGUUUGCGUAAAAACGUUCGCACGAAAUAAUAAAUAAAUACAAUUACGUACAAUAUAUUAUAUAUCACUUGCCUGUAAACACACUUGUGUGCCUACAAGUAUUCAUUAUUAAAUGAUGCAAAAAAAUACUUCGCUUCUUUUUUCGAAUGUCUAUGCGAUUCACGUUUCCUAAAGCGCAUAUUAUUAACAAGGAAUACCCAUUUUUCUUCCUUUUUUUUUUAUUUCUGUUUUUGUCAUUAGCAUAAAUCGAAUUUAUCAAAAAGUACUUUUCAUAAAGAUGCAAUGUUUUCGACAAGUUUGUUUUACGAUGCGUGAAUCCAUGAUAGAAACACAAAUACUGAAUUUCUCGAUAUACGAUUCUAGUAAAAUAUUCUCGUCAUAAAAAAUUACCAGAAUCUCACACCAAAGGUCAACUCGGUUUAUCUUUAUACAAUCGGAUAAUACAUAUACAUAAUAAACAUUGUCAUUGUGUCGAUUUUUAUUAUCUUAUCGUUUUCUCACAAUAAAAACGAGUCUUUUGCCUCGUAUGUACAAACAGGAAAUUCAUCUUUCAAUACCAUUGGAAAAAUGCAAUCAAACGCGUGCUUUUUCAUCAAUCGAUGAAAUGAAUACACACGAUCUCUUUAUCUUCUCAAAUACAAUGAACAAACAGUUGAUGAAAAUGACAAAUUUGUAGAGUAUAAUUACAAAUGUGAAAGUGUAACGUGGAUGUCGAGUGAUUGAGGACCGAGCGAGAGAGAUCGAAUAUAUUGGACUAGAGUAUUGGUUGUGAGUGAAGAGCGAUUCCAAGAAUAUAAUAUUAUUACGCGAGGAUCGGGAUCGAACGAGGACAAUCGACGAGAAUAGAACGAAGAUGAUCCCGAAUAAAAUAUUUGAUACGCAAGAACAAUUUGACAUGGAAAAUUAUGUGUGAUACAAAGAGGACAAGAACCGCCAUGAUGAAUGAGGAACGAAGAUGGGCUUGUCGAAUUCUUUUCUCGAAAUGUAUUAUGCAGAGAGAAAGAGAAAGAGAGAAAAAGUUUCGUUAUACAAUUAUCUAUUAAAACAUUAUCUGUCUUUGGAUAAUAUUAAUUUAAAACGAGGAAAAUAUAUAUUAAAUUAGGAGUCAAAGAA